CUCGGUAUGUUCAACAAAAAGUAUGGCAGCUCUCUUACAUUCCAUUGUUUUUCUAUCAGCUCUAGUCCAAGGAUCAGAUUUCAGCUCUGUGUUUGUGCUGAAGGGACAGGAUGUUCGUCUGGAUGUCCAGGAAAAUGUUCAACUGAAAGAGUUAGAGUUUUUUAAGUGGAGCUUCGGAUCAGCUAAUAUUGUAAGAUGCACUGAUACAUUGCCAGUGAGAGUGUCUCCUGGGUACAACAACAGGGUUGAGUUUUAUAAGGGAAACUUCUCUCUGCUACUGAAGAACAUACAGGAAGGAGACAGUGGACCGUAUACUGCAGUAGUGAGUGGUGACAAAGAAAAGACUAUUAUUGUACACCAGUUAGUUCUCCAAGAGAGAGUUGAGCCUCCAGUCCUGACAGUGGACUCUAACUCCACCGUCAAUGUCACCUGUAACGUGACUGUGACCUGCAGAGGUCAGAACACCUCUGUCACCUCCAGCUGUAACAGCCGCACCUGCUCUCAGGUGGGAAGAGAGAGGAGAGGGGCUGAGACCUCUACUGUCCCCCUGCUCUCUGUCUAUUUGGCAGGGGGUUCCAUCAUCUGUAACCACAGCAACCAAGUCAGCUGGGCCAAUGACACCAAGGAGCGAGUGGAACUCUGUCCAAUGAAAUCUGGGGAGAAGGCGAACUACAACUAUGCUCUCGCAGUCGGAGCACCUGUCUGCGUAGUUGGAUUCAUGGCCCUGAUUGGUUUUGUUUGUCAAAAGCAAAACAAAUAUAAGCUCACUGCUCCAUCCUAUUGCAGUGGCAAAGAGGAUAUUAUAAACACAGAUUAUGCUACAGUUGGGAAUCCAGAUAACAGUCAAGCAGGUGGUGAAGAGCAGGUGUCUCCAGGUCCAACAACACCCACCAUCUACAGUACGGUGGGACUACCCCAACACCAGCCUGUUAACCACCAGCCUUUGCCUGUGGACCUCCCAUGACCCCCAUGACCUCUAUGACCCCCAUGACCUCCCAUGACCCCCAUGACCUCCAUGCCUUUUAAAGGCAAUGUUCCCAUGUUCGUGUAGACAUUAAAAUAAAAAUGGUCACAUACAGGUGUAGACUAACAGUGAAAUGCUUACUUACAGGCCCUUCCCAACAAUGCAGAGAGAAACAACAGGUGUAGACUAACAGUGAAAUGCUUACUUACA